AAAUCAAAAAGUAAAGUAAGAGGUGAGAGAGGGUUGUGCGUCUAGGGAGAGAGGAGAGGAAGAAAUGGAGACCCCAAAAAAAAGACAGAUCAACUUCAACUGCAGGAGGAGGGUUAUAAAAAGACCUCCUCUCCCAGCCCUUCAACUGCAGGAGGAGGAGGGUUAUAAAAAGACCUCCUCUCCCAGCCCUCAAAAACCCACUUCAACAUCUUAACCUUUACUCUUCACUUUCAACUCUCUCUCUCUCUCUCUCUCUCUCUGCAAACUCACAGAGCUACUAGAUACGGCGGGUAUGGCGUAUUUUCUGAAAAAACCCUUCAAAAUGAGCCCCAACUCUCGUGUCAAUUUAUUUCACUUCCACCUAGAAGAAGUCCGUGUGCUGCUCCCUGACCACCCAUUCAAUCGAGCCUCACCAAAUGGCGGUUUCAGGCCACCCAGACUCUACUCGGCAGCUGUCAACGGAACCGGGAGUACUAGUUUGUGCCCAGAAAAGGUCUUCGUCACUCGCAUCCCUCUUCUGACUGGGCCCACUCCAGAAGACGCCGCUGCUGCAGUCAUCCAAUUCGGAUUGAAUUUGGCUCUAAACAGUAGCAGCAGCCACCACCAGUUCUGUUUCCUAGGAAACGGGCCCGCUGCCGACGACGGUGGCCAGAAUUACGUGGACCCCGCACCAAAUAGAGGACCCAAUUACAUCCCGGAUCUCAACGUAUCGCAGCCGGAUGAGACGGCGCCGACGACGGAUUUCGUCGGAGUAAUCAAGAGCCAGAACAUCUCCCAGUUCACUGAUUACGUGGUGUGGUACCUGGGCGAGUACGGGAGUGAUGAGGGGGUGGCGGAGUACAGGAAGAUUCUGAGCAGCAAAAGUGAAGGAGAAAUCGGAAACCUGGAUUCGAUUCGGAUCUGGAAUAUUCUCACCCUGGAAGCCGAAAUUCAGAAGGCGCUCGUAACGAAAGGCCUCGUCGAGGCCCCAAUGCGCUUCGACGAUCUUCAGUUCCCGGCGCCGGAGGAGCUGCUUCCAAUUCCGGAAAAAGGCGGGAAGGCCGCCAAGAGGGCCAGGUACUGUGGAGUUGUUGGUAUCGAUGAGCCCAAGUCACCAAUUCCUGAAGCAGGGGACUCUGACUCUUCAGAGUGAUCACCAAUCCGAACACCGCCUUUUGUACUUUUCGCUUUUUAAUUUUUAUUUAAAAAAUAGUAUGUUUUUGUGUGAAUAACUUGCUCUGUUUUGUGCAAGUUUGGAAAUUCCCAGUGGAAUUUGUGUAUUUACUAUCUUAGGAAUUUCAUAAAUUUGCUGCUGGCCUAGAUUAGAUCAAUGCUGGAGAAAAGCUUAGAUGAGAUCUAUUGGUUAAAUUUGCUACAACCGAUGAUUGGGAAGUUUUUCUCCUGACAAACGUCCAGGUCAUAAGUUUUUGCGUAUAGCUUUGUUUGGUUGUGUUGUUAUUAAUAGAGUUGCUUCUGUUUGGUUGGGAUAAAGUUGAACCAAAUCCUUGGCUCUUGGCUGUUUGGUUCUGUUUGGUUCUGUUUGGUUGGUAGUAUAAACUAUAAAGAUUGCGUCGCGCCCAUUAUGAA